AUGGCUACCGAUAUUGAAAAAGUUAUUGCAAACUUCGACAAAGAAGAGGCCACUGAGUAUGCAAGUGAGUUGUAUCUUCUUUUGAAGAAUUACGCUGAAGCAGAAGAUGAUCUCAAUUAUCAAGACAUCUGGUCUCAAUUGACGCGGUUAAUUCACGCAUACUGCAACUUAAAGGACAACGAAGGAGAUACAAAGAAUAAGGCCAAGGCAAUCGAGGAUAAUGAGAAAUUUCGGCUGAUGGGAUCGCUCAAUUUGUUCAAGUUGAUCUCGAGGAAUCUCAUCAUCGUUCUUGGAAAGCUCACCAACAAGAUCUAUGAUACCGCCAAUGACUUAUUCCCUUACCUUACUUUGACAGACAAUGGCCAUCUCUCCUUUUCAGGAAAGGCAGCUUCAGUGGUUUUAAUUGACCUUUUUGAGAACUACCCACAUCAUUUGACAUCGCUUCUUAGCUUUGGUGCCACGGUCGCCUAUAAGUUGAUUAAGAAGAAUUCUUCGAUCGAUAGCAAUAUCAUAUACCUUCUUGCCUCAAUCCUUAAGAAUGCUCUGAAGGCAGACGUUGAUGAUAAGUUCCAGGCUAAGUUGGUGAAGAUUUUCCUGAAGAAUAUCUUGCUGAGUGCAUUGAAAAAUAAUGCUGCUGACCUGGAAGCCAAUAACUCGUCCGUCUUACAAGUGGAGUACUACAUUCUAGGCCUCAAAAAUCUUCUUAUUAUGCUGUCAGCAUCCCAUUAUGAGCAGCUACUCGAGUUCUCCGCGUCUUCCACAUCUGGAUCCAAGCUUAAACCGGAGGCUAUCAUGACUCAGCAACAUCAAUUCCAGAUAGGGCUCUUGAACAACCAUAAGAAGGUGAUUCAGUUCGGCUUUUCUUCUCAAUUCCCUCAGGUUAGGCAUGCUACUGUUGCACUUCUAUCUCAUUUGCUUCAUAAUUUUGUUGACACUGGUAAAUUCAACGCGAUAGAAUAUCUCAUCGAAGCGUAUCCAUUCCCGUCACUGAGUACCUGGAAUAACCAAGCACAUCAUAGAAUUGAAAAUGAAGUGGAGUUAGGGUUUCCCUCGAGGAAAGAUCACAAUAUCAUCCUGACGCACAACAGUGAAGCGUUGAUCGACUCUAAAAUCAACCUCAAAAACCUUCAGUAUGGCUACGUCGAGUCCAUGGUCAUGUAUAUGCAACUACAACAAUUUCAAGACUGGAGUUUCUAUGCCUCCUCAAUCACCGCAAUUUUCGACUUGAUUUUGUCCAAAUUCAGUGGUUUGAACCAUGCGCCUCAUGUGCCCACUUCGGAAUGGAAUGUGGUUUUGGCCCAAUGGACUAUUGUUGUUGAGUUCUUGAUAAAGGAAAGCGGCGCCUCCAUCCAUGAGGUAGUCGCACAGUAUAUCGUGAAUCGUUUCUCCGCAUCUGCGGAUUCAGAGGACUUCUCCCGAUCUGCUUCGCCUGAUCCUAGGUCAUCUAAGCCUAGACGCCAGGAAGCAAGCUUGUUCCGUUUCAAGUCGACCAAAAAAACGAAAGCAAAGAGCAUGGACAACUCUCAUAUCACGCCCUACACUAAUCCUUACCAGGCCUCUCUUUUGCUACUGGUUGUGAACUUACUUGUUCCUUAUGCAAUUAAUUUUACAUCAAUUGACAAUCUGCAACCUGAGGAUAGCAAGGUUGAUGGUGAAGCGGCUGAAGAAGGCGACGAAACUACGAAUAAGGUUCUUGAUGGAGAGACAGCGCUUCCUGCUAGAGGUAAUGACUAUAUCAGCAACCUUCUUCUUUCAUUGCUCGUUAACGACUCGGAACAGAUCAGAAACCAUGCAACAUCGUCUUUGCUUCUUUACGCGAACGUGAACAAAUCCCAAAGCAACAGCUUGAUACUUCAGUUGUUUCAGUCGGUGACGCUGGAAUUGAAUUCCGACUUACGAAGUGAAAGCUCUUCAGAAAAAAAUGUUUCAGGAUUUCAGGCAGUCAGGCUUUUUAGCAAUUCUUUGGCAUUGCUGUCUCUCAUAAAACAAGCGGAUUCAACCCUUCUCCAAAACUCAACAAUUGCAAAGAUUCUCAGUUUCUGCACCCAAAAUUUGAAGCAUAGCAGUAAUGCAAAUAAGAAGUUUCUCACCAAUGCAGCUUGCUGGAUAAUUAUGUCCAGCUUGGUCACCUUCAAUGAGACAUCGGAAUUUGUCAAGUUGAAUUCGUCUCAAUUCUUGGUAUUUUGGAAAAACCUUUUGACUUCCCAAUUCAUCAGUGCUGAUAUCGGCAACAUGUCUGACAAUGCCCAACUUAGCGAGGUGAUGAAUAACCUUACACUUAGAUCGCUAAGCCUCAUUUGCUUGCAUAACUACAUCGACUCAGCUCAGUCUAGCAAUGAAUUGUCACGGCAACUUCAGUUUCUUCUAGUCAAGUCUUACAACUACCUCACAUAUUUGGAGUCUACAUUUGAAAGCAUUGGCUUGUUGACUUCAUUUAAUGCCCAGUCGUUCAAUGAAAGUGAGUUCAAUCCAAAUUUAGUGGGUAACCUUAUCUUUUCGAACUUCAACACUGCCACUUCUCUUCCCGCCCAGAAUAGGCUUACAAGCCUCAUACUCCAUAACAAGAAGGUUGUUCUUCUGGGAUUCAUUAAACUUGCGCCAACCCUCAAACGUGACGUUAAUUCAAGUCUUGUUGUGUUUCUUACGCGUGUGUUUGCAGACGCAAAAUGUUUCUCGAGGUUACCAGUUACUGAUGCAUUGAAAGAGAAAGCGAAACUGAGUAAAAGCAAGUCAAGUACUACCAAAGUAGCCCAUGAGAAUGCUUCCUUGGUAAAACUUGAAGAAGAAUAUAAUUACGAUUUUGGAUUGACAAGCAAAUUCAGAUACGUGGAGCUGAACGUGAUAUCCGAACCAGAAACUGUUGCUGCCAACGCUGAGCCUUCUGGUGAGGGUGAUCUCCGGGGAUGGGCCUCUUCGUUUGAAGAACGGGUUAACGACGGGUCGUAUUUUGCUUUUGAUAAUGACCCAGCUGUGUUCUUGUUGAAGGGAUCUUCAGAGACGCCAACGCGGUCAAGAGGUAUUAUCACGUCUAUCGUUGACAAAUCGAUUGAAUUGUUUCAAUACGUGUUUCCAAAUUUGACAUUUAAAAUCCAGUUUUCGCUUCUCGAACAACUUAGGGCAUCAUUAACUCAAAAGAACUCUGAUCCAUUGAGGCACACUGCCAUUCAGAUAAACGACUCUGUUGCUUUAAAUGGUCUACUCAAAUACUAUACGGCCAUAGGGGGCUUUAUGGAUGGUCAGAUUCUCAAUGCCGUGCUUGAUACCGUGGAAAAGAUCAAUCUGGACAAUAUCGAGGUCAACCUCCUAAAUGCUGAAACAGUUGGCAUGGUUUCGAAAAUGCUUUCGAAGGACGAUGUUGAUGGUACUGUGGCGCGUUAUAUUAACGACAUAGUGAAACAAUCGGAGCCAUCAGCAAGAGGAAAGCUACUCAUUUAUCUUGCAUCCAUCUUUAAAUUUACUCAUAGUGGGUUCUCUAACAUUUUAGAUGUUGUCUUGCAACUAAUGAAAGACCCUAACCCUAUCAUGGCAUACUACUCGUCGAAGGCUUCAGCUAUCUUGCUUGAGAAUGCUCUAGGUAACGAGCAUUUGGUGAAGGAGUUGAUCCACCAAGUGUACCUUAACACGCUUAAUGAUGACUUUGGCCUUAAUCUUGACAAUGGCUUUCUCGCUAAUCUUCGGGCUUCCUACAAGUUUCAUGCUGUUUAUUCGAGAAUCGUUUCCUAUAGCGUAACAUCACUCGGGCCCGCGCUCAAAAGCUGCGAUAAGGAACUCAAGGUUGAAAUCAGAAACUUGCUUAUCCUCUUUGCCAACGGUGUUGGCAGCUAUGACUCUGAUGAAUAUGUCAAUGUGGUAAGAGAUGUUCUAGUGACGUUUCAGGAGAUACUUAUCUUCGACUUAUCAUUUGUUCCUGAGUUUUCCAAAUGGUUCCACCUGGAAGCUGUCGAUGUCAUCAAAGGAAAUGCAAAGAUUGGAGUCGGGGUUUUGGGACCUACUUCGCCAUGUCAUGAAUCUAUAUUUCCUGUUUCAACCUGUUUCGGUCUCUACGAAUUGGCAUUCGCUAGUCUAUUAGAAAUGACAAAGGUUGGUAUUCUGACUUUACAGAAGGAGAAUGUUAAUCUAGCAUGGAUUGCAAUGGAAAUUCACCCAUGUGACUCUCUUAAACAGCUUAUUAAGUACUGGGUUGAUUCAAAUCCAGAAAUGGUAUGGUUUGCACAAGUCAAUGCACUCUUCAAACUGUCUACUCGAAAGCUCACGGGUCCAUUUGUGGAGCAUAAUUAUCAAGUGAAAUUGCUUCCAUUGACUCAACGACAGAAAAAGAAGAACACCGGAGGUAUCGAUCUUAAGGAUGACGAGGUGAGAAAUAUUGUUAACGAGGACCAGGAUACGGAAGAUAAGAAUGAACCCAUUACUUGGGAGUUCCGUCUGUUCUUGUACGACCUUAUUAUCCAGAUACUCUCUGCUGCGGAAAAGAAACCUGUGCUCAUGUCAUCUCUCACCAACAAGAUACAAGAAGUUGUUCGGAUGUCGUUCUUGGGUACGACAUCUCCAAUCCCGGCUAUCAACUUGAAAGGUGUGGCUUUGUUGGACAAUGCCCUUAGUCUCUUCGGUCAUCUCGAAGACCCCCUUUAUCCUGGAAUUUCUAUAUUGGAGCAGCAACAAGCCCAGAUUAUCAGUGCCUUGGUUCCGUGUUAUGGCCCACAAAGUAACGCCGAAUUGAUCGUGAACGCCAUCAGCGUCUCUUCGAAAUUUAUAAACUUGCCGAGGAUCAAAUUUUAUUCAAAGCAGAGAAUUUUGAAGACAUUGGUUUGCUUGUUGGAGGAAGUUUCAUCGAAUAAGUUCUUGAAGUUUACUUAUUUGGAAGCCAUGUCUGAAUUUAGCAGAAAGGCGAUUCAAUUAUCAAUUUUGGAUUGUUGGGCUCUGGUGAGAAUUGAUAUCCAACAACAUGCAGAAGAUGGAAGUGACGAGUUUGGCGCAAUCUUAUCGAAGUACUCUGAGUUGUUGAUCUCACUCUGGAUACUAGCCUUGAAUGAUUUGUCGUCACUCAGAUACACACAGCCUACCAGCCGUGAGGUAGGGUUGUAUUCGGACUGUUGGCUUGAUUUUGUUGAAGUUUUGACAAUUGAGCUUGAAGAAGACAGCACAAGGGUUACCAAGCUUCUUCAAGAUGACUCGAAGGAUUUCUUUUUUGUCUUAUUCUGUCAAUGCGCAGAAUCCUUGAUUAAGAACCAGAAUACGACUAGAGUGCUUCUGUCAGUCAAGCGCCUUGUCAGCAUACCAGAGCUCGUGGAGCACUUGUUGGCGGACGACAUAUUUGGUGAAGUCAUAGACUUGCUUGAUCGUUUGAUUUUAGUCGAGGAGGAGACCGAGUCAAAAAUAGAAGUUAUUGAUAUUGUCCUGACGUUAGCGAAGGUUCAUCUGGGAAAAGUUAAGAACGAGGAAAAUAAUGAGAAGUUACUUGAGCUCUUACGAGUUGCAAUGUUGCCAUUGUUCAGCAUUUUUGUCUUCCUUAGAGAAGACUUCAAUCAUGAAGAUGUUACUCAACAGGUUGCUUUGAAGAGAUGCAGCUCCGCAUCAAACCUAUUGAUUCUCAAGAAGCUGUUGUCCGCAGCAAUUGGAAUAUUAAAGUGUUUCCAAGGGGAAGUCAAGUCAAACAUCUGCUCUUGCUUAUUCUACUUAUUUGCAAAGUUCUAUGAGCACGAUGAUGAUAAUCUCAUAGGGGUCAUCUUGCCAUAUUUGAAGCUCGUCGUGAACGAGCUCGGAGAUGAUAAAACAGAAACUGUUCAGUCUUUCUUCCAGAUUUUGAAGAGACAAGGAUUCUUUAGCGCUACGAGAAACAAGAAUAAUCACGUCAUAACUGUCGUUCUCUUGCUUACAAACAGUGACAUUAAACUUGAUGCGGAUGAAUCAAAGAUUCUAGCAAAUGCUAUCUUGCGUUUGAUCGAAGACUCGGAGUAUGCGUCUGCCGGAAUCCAAUCUAUCAAGUCGCUCUUGAGACAGUCAGAUUCACCUUUGCAGUCGCUUAUCGUGAAACAGAUUGUGCAAACGCUUCUCUUACAAUUGGCAGGUGAUGGCAAGGAUGUUAAAAUUGACUUACGCCUAGCAUUUGAAAUUAUUAUCGUGUUUUCUCAGUCGGAAGGGGUAAAGAACGAUACGAGCAAAAUCGUUCCGUUGUAUGCGGCACUCAUUCCGUUACUAGUGAAACACGAUGUUGCAGGCACGAUUGAUGGAGAUUAUCUACACGGGAAAACGGUCUUGCUUUUAACUAAGAACCCCGAAGCAUUUAAGACGGUCGUGAAUGAAUACCUCGAUGAGUCACAGAAAGCAACCGCAGAGAAAUUGGUGAAGAAGACCAGAGGACACACUCAAGUCGACAGUACAAAUGACUCGACCAUCGAAUUGAAGACCUUUGGUCACAAGUACAUGAUGUUACAUAAUUUGGGCAAGCUAACUUUCAGCUUCCUUUGCCUCUUGCCUUUGGCGCUUCAGGCCCAUGCGAAGACCCAUGAGUAUAAUUUCGAUGCUUCUCUUAUUAAGCAUAACCCAGACGGUGUCUUCGAAAGAGAGGUUAUCGGUAUCAACGGGCAAUGGCCUCUUCCUAUCAUAAGGGUAGCCAAGCAUGACAGGGUUGUGAUCCAUCUUACAAAUUCCAUGACCGAUCGCAAUACGUCGUUGCAUUUCCACGGUUUGUUCAUGAACAAUACUAAUGCUAUGGACGGCCCUGAAAACCUCACUCAGUGUCCUAUCCCUCCAGGUCACACUUUCACUUACGAUUUCACUGUCGACGCUCAAGCCGGUACUUACUGGUACCAUUCUCAUUCUGGCUCUCAGUACAGUGAUGGUCUCCGAGCAAUGUUUAUUAUCGAGGAGGAAUCUCCAGAUCUCUAUCCUUUCAAGUUUGAUGAAGAAGUUCCACUCACUAUUUGUGACUGGUACCACUCUGAGAGCAGUGAUAUCAUGAAGCAGUUUUUGUCGAGAUAUAACCCUACCGGUGCUGAACCUAUCCCUCAGAACUCUCUCUUCAAUGAUACUAAGAACGUCACCUGGAAUGUCGAGCCUGAUACUACCUACUUCUUGAGAAUCGUGAAUAUGGGUAUGUUUGUCAGUCAGUAUUUGUACAUUGAGGACCAUACCUUCACUAUUGUUGAGGUUGAUGGUGUCUACGUUGAGCCAGUUGAAACCCUGUCGCUUUAUAUCACUGUCGCUCAGAGGUAUGGUGUUUUGGUGAAGACCAAGAAGGAUGUCUCCAAUAAAGCCUUCCGUUUUGUCAAUGUUCUCGACGAGCCAAUGCUUGAUUUGAUUCCAGAUGAUCUUCAAAUGAUCUCCACAAACUAUGUGCAAUAUGGUCAUGGUGACGUUGAGAAACCUGACCCCUUGGAGAACGGUAAGGGCAAAUUUGACGAGCUCGAGGCAACUCUUGAUCCUUACGAUGAUUUCAAGUUAAUUCCUGUGAGAAGAGACCCUCUCUACGCUGAGCACGACUUGCAGAUCGUUCUCAACUUCGAAAUGGACAAUCUUGGAGAUGGUGUCAACUAUGCUUUUUUUAACGGAAUCACCUACACUGCACCAAAGGUUCCCACUCUCUUUUCCGUGCUUUCUGCCGGUGAGCACGCUAAUAAUGCUGCGAUUUACGGGUCUAACACGAAUACCUACGUCUUACAGCCUGGUGAGAUCGUUGAAAUUGUCUUGAACAACAUGGAUGCGGGUAAGCAUCCUUUCCAUCUCCAUGGUCACGUCUUCCAGACUGUUUUCCGUUCCGAGGGUACUGAUGACGACGACAAUCCCGAGGUUUACGACCCUUCCAAUCCUGACCAUGAUAAGCAUCCUGAAUUCCCAAUGCUCAGAGACACUGUCAUGGUGCAUCCUAAUGGUUUUGUGAAGCUUAGAUUCAAGGCUGAUAACCCAGGUGUUUGGUUUUUCCAUUGCCAUGUUGAUUGGCACUUGGAACAGGGUUUAGCAAUUGUGUUGGUUGAAGAUCCGCAGCUGAUCCAGGAGAACCAGCAGGAUAUCCCCAAAUCACACCUUGAAGCUUGUAGUAAGUUGGAUAUCCCUGUGAAGGGUAAUGCUGCUGGUAAUUAUGGUGACACUGAGGCUUCGUGGCUUGAUCUCUCAGGCGAAAAUGUUCAGAUGAAGCCUUUGCCUCCAGGAUUCACCCCUAAGGGAUACGUUGCUAUUGUGGUCUGUGCAUUGGCUGCUCUUUUUGGUAUUUACACCAUCUAUGUCUACGGCAUGGAGGAUGUUAACACGGAGGAUGCUGAGCACAUGGUGCAAAAGUUGUAUCAAAUUCUUGGAGAGAAUGAUCAGGCAGAGCCUGAAGAACGUGAGAGACUCACUGAGCCAUCAGCAAGCGCCAACGAGUAA